AACUUCCUCUCACUCAGCGCAAAGUGCAGAGUUAACAGCAGUCAUACGAGCAUGUGAACUACAUAGAGACAAAGACAUCAACAUCCACACAGACAGUCAAUAUGUUUUCUCAGCAGUUCACCAUUUUGCAAAAAUAUGGCAAAAUAGAGGCAUGAUAACAUCUACUGGAGCGCCAGUACAACAUGGGAGCCUUUUAAAACGCCUGUUGGAGGUGAUAACGCUACCCAGAAAACUGGCCCUGUGUAAAUGUGCAGCACACCAGAAGGACAACUCUGACAUAACAAAAGGAAAUAAUUUUGCAGAUAGUGCAGCUAAAGCAGCAGCACGAGACACAAACAAUGUUCUGAAUGUAGAACCAGUCACUCUGAUUCCUCUGGAAGCGUUAAAAGACGAACAAACAGCAGCUCCACAAAAUGAAAAAUUAUCAUGGUUAAGGGAUGGAGCAGUGUUGGAAAAUGACAUUAUGACAUGUGAUGGAAAACCAAUUCUUCCAAAAUCUUUACAUAAAACAGCAGCAUUAGUGACACAUGGGAGUACACAUGUGUCAUCCAGGGGCAUGAUCAAUAUACUCUCUAAAUAUUUCUACACAAAAAAUUUUGAAAAUUCAGUAAAAGAAUUUGUAAGAACAUGCAUGAUAUGUCAGAAGCAUAAUGCACAAGGGAAUUUAAGACCUAAGAGAGGUCAUUUUCCAACACCGCCACAUCCUUUCCACGCAAUCCACAUGGAUUUCAUUCAAUUACAUAAACACCAACAAGUGGAAUACGCAUUAGUAAUAAUAGACGUGUUCUCAAAAUGGCCAGAAAUCUACCCAGUAAAGAAAGCUGAUGCGAUAUCUGUAGCCAAAUGUUUAUGUAAUCAUUUUAUUCCAACAUAUGGAAUACCAAGCCUUAUAAGAUCUGAUAAUGGCACCCACUUUGUGAAUGAUGUAAUAGACAGAGUGUCUGAAGCUUUAGGCUUCAGCAUAAAACACCACUGUUCAUACCACCCACAAAGUGCAGGAUUAGUAGAAAGAACUAAUGGCACUAUAAAACAAAGAUUAAGAAAGUGUAUGGAAGAAACAGGAAGACCAUGGCCUGAAUGCAUAGGUCUGGUAAAAAUGUGGAUGAGAUUAACACAAAACUCACAGAAACUAACACCAUUUGAAAUAGUACACGGGAGACCAUUUCCCCUGCCAAUCACCAGUGAACCCAUAGAUAAAUCUAUAAGAGAAACGACUCUAGCCGAAUGGAUGACAAGACUGUUAGAAAAUAAAGAAAUAGUCUUGGCUAACAAACUGCCGAGUGAUUCUCUUCCAGUUUCUUGCAGGUUGAAACCAGGCGACUGGAUCCUGAUUAAAGUACUCCAAAGGAAAAACUGGAGCUCUCCAAGGUGGGAAGGCCCCUACCAGGUCCUGCUCACCACACCCACAGCAUGCAAAAUUGCUGAACGACCCUCGUGGAUUCAUCAAAGCCACACCAAAAAGGUUGAACCAAUCCGAGAACCACAAUCUCCCGAAUAGAAAAGUGAGUAGUAAAGUCUAGACUGCAGACCGCUCUAACCUCUGGUGUUCACUCGGUGGGGAGAAGGGCUAUCAGUGGCAACACUGAGACACUCGCUCCUCUUGCUGGGUGUCUACUCAUUGGAGGCCAAGGGUGUGUCCACGGUCGAGAAGAGGAGAAACGCUCACAGAGGGAGACCGGAUGGAGAUGGAAAUGUUAAAUGAAAGACCACCCUGAACGAGAAAAUGAAAGAACAUUCUGGAGUGGACACUUCCAUGUGGGACAGCUGGAUGGACAUGUUUGGAAAGUACCGCAGCCUAGUGUCAUCAAUCCUA